CUGGUGACAGAGAGACCAGCCUACUUUCACUGUGGAGCUCAAACCUUCAGCUUCAUUCACACUGACAGAGCAGUAGAAAGCAGCUGUAAUGGAUGGACAUCUUAUUGACACAUAUGUGGGAUUAUUUCAGCGUGUUUUGGCGUCUUUUCUUUAAAAAAAACAACAUUGAUUUUACAUAUACAAAAAGGUGUUUGAAUUGACAAAUAUGAAUCGACUGGAUGAAUGGGGGUUCCAGUCCAAGAAAAUGGACUUGGAGGAGGAUUUCUACAUCGACUACGGAGCGGAGGAAAUAACAGAUUAUCAAGACCCCAAUGAACUUUUGGCUGCUUUGAAACAAAAGGAGGAAGAGGUUAUUUUGGCAGCCCAGCUGGGAAACGCAUUGCUCCUGGAAAAUCGUCAGUUGAAAGAGCAGAGCGACAAACUUCAUGAACAGUACGCAGACAAGCUGGAGGAGCUGGAGCAGGGCAGGCAUGAGCUGCGGCUGAAGCUGGAGGGCUGCCAGUCCCAGUGGGAGAGCCAGGUGGUGGAACUGGAGAGGGAUGUGAGGGAGCUGAGCGCCCAGGUGGAGCGGCUCACUCAGGCCCUCAGCGAGGCGGAGAGGGACAAGAGUCGAGCUCAGCUGGAGCACAGCGAGCACACUCAGCGACUCCGGGAGCAGCUCAACACUGCGAUGGAGGUGGAGAGGGCCAUGUCCAGUGAGCUGCAGGCUUUAAAACAGGAGCUCCAACAGAAAGGAAGCCACAACAGGCCGCAGGAUGAGGAGCUGAUCAGUGCCAUGAGGGAGCAGGUGUUGCGUCUCACCCAGAAGGAACAGGUGCUGGAGGAGCGUUUGGAGAGUGUGUGUCAGGAGAACGCUGAACUGAGGGCGAGCUUGGCCUCUUUACACACACGUCUGGCUCUGCACGACCAACUCAGCCAGCAGCAGAGCCAGCAGCUCGCCGAGGCGUGGCAGGAGGUGGAGGCAGCACGCGGUCGCUCACAGCAGCUACAAGCCCAGGUGGAGGAGCUUCAGGAGGAGGUGUCCCUGCAGGAAGCCAGGAGCCAAGGAGACGCCUCCCUGCUGUCUGAGCUGGAGAGCAGCCUGGACACGACGGGACUGGGAGUCAGCAAGGAAGAGAUUACGCAAGAAAUGGGGUCCAUCCUUCAGUUACUGCUGCCACUGACCCAGGAACUGAACGGCGCAAGGGCGUCAGAGGACACGGAUCAACAGGGAGACCUGCAGGCCAUGUUGUAUCGACUGAAGGGAGUGGCUCAAACCCUGGCACAGACAUCCAGCCCUCAGGAGCUGAAUCGGGCUUUUGUUGACCGGACGGGUGAUCAGUGUGGGAAUCCGAGCGCAGCGCAGGAGCUGAAAGAUCAGAACAUCCAGCUACAGCAGGAGAACGCUGAAAUGAAGCAGAAGCUGCAGAGCGUACAGGAGCAGGCUGAAGUUGCCCAGCAGGCCAUCAGAGACCGAGAUGAAGCCAUAGCCAAGAAAAAUCUGAUGGAGGUCGAGUUGGUCCGAAGUAAAAAUGACAUGAUGUCACUGAACAACCAAUUAUUAGAAGCCAUCCAACGUAAACUGGAGCUGUCACAGGAACUGGAGGCCUGGCAGGAUGACAUCCAAAUCAUCAUCAACCAGCAGCUCAGGUCCCAGCAGCAGUCGGAGCAGCCUCAGAAGAAGCCCACGUCCAACGGCAUGUCCUUCUUCCGUAGGCCCAGCAAGACGGCUUCCACCUGGACACACCAGCCGUCGUCCUCUUCCACCUGGAAUUCAGACGUUAAUCAGGAAAAAGCCCAAUCCCCCUGGAGGGACUGGUUAAGGCGAGGAAAAGGGGCGCAGUACGGAAAAUAACGGACAUGGAUGUGAGAAGAUGUAGAACCAGGAGGAAAGGACAGGGGGAAGUCACAAGUGGAGCUUCCCGUUCAUCAUUAUGGUGAAAAGGAUCCAUAAAGACACUUGUAAAUCAGUGAUGAACAACAGAGCCACUACGGACAAAGACUUGUCAAACAGGCACUUACAUAGACACAUUUCACUGAGAGGCUGAGCCUUCUUAAAAUCUAAACUGUGACAACCUGGAACACUACUAGCAUUUUCAUACAAUAACAUGAAGUUUGCUUGAGACUGUAAAUAUUGUGCCAUAUUUUGUAAUAUCCGUAAUAUUUGUGAAUGUCUUUAUGUUUGAGACUUUAUAUGGUAUAUAUGAUAGAUGUAGAUCAACGGAGAGUAUUUGUUCAGAUUAUUUAACAGAGAUGAAAGCAGAAAGAGAUCAAACAGUUAAUUUGUGAUUGUACUGUCUUUACAUACCAAGUUGGAUGUGAGAAGUUACAUUUUUUACUGUGUGUCCCAGAAACUAAAUAUGUAAAAAAUGUUGAUUGUAUAAGAAACACUGCAGACAUAUUAGAUUCAACAAAGAAGCUGUUAUUUUUAUAAUUUCUUUUUUAUUUGGUUUUUUAGUAAAAACCAAAUAUUUUCUGAAUAAUCACCUGGUGGGAUGUGUUUGUACAGCGAGGCUAUGACCUGUAAAUCAUUGUUCAGUAUUGAGGCUGCUUAGUUUAAACUGUGUUGUUUUCUGAGCUGUCUGACUGACUACAUCUGGAGUGAUUGCCGGAUAAUUUCAUAAAAUAUUAAAUAAUCA